AGCAGCCGCUAGGGUCUGCCAUGGCACGGACAUGUCCCCCGGUUAUCGGAGUGCAUGAGGCGGUCUCUAGCCUCAGAGUGGCCGUGCAGGCUGGAGCCAUAAACAGCAGCAGCAGCAGGAGCAGCAGGAGCAGCCAGCCAGGCAGGCAGUAGGGACUGGGGGGGUUUCUGUUUCUGUGGAGCCCAUCCCCACUGUGCCAUGCUACAUCCCCUAUGCGUUUCCCAGCCCACACACUCUGCACAACACACCGCCGUCUGUAUCAGGGAGAGAUGACAGCGAGGAGAGACGCUUCCCUGCAGCCCUCUCGCCUCCUGGAGAGGAAGGGAGCGGCGGAUCGGGCCAAGGCUAACCCAGAUUGGUGUUCUCUUUCCCCCCGACAGGAGCCGGAGAAAGGGCCGGUGUCCGCGGCGGGGAUCCAUGCCCAUGUGGUGGGGGUUGUCGCCGGCUCCGGGGCUGCCGAGGAGUCGUCUGACAGCGAGGCAGAGCAGGAAGGCCCCCAGAAACUCAUCCGGAAAGUGUCCACCUCAGGGCAGAUCAGGAGCAAGACGAGUAUAAAGGAGGGGUUGCUGCUGAAACAGACCAGCUCGUUCCAGAGGUGGAAAAAGCGUUACUUCAAACUGAGGGGCCGAACGCUCUACUACGCCAAAGAUGCCAAGUCGCUUAUCUUUGACGAGGUGGACCUAUCAGACGCCAGCGUUGCAGAGUCCAGCACAAAGAAUGUCAACAACAGCUUCACGGUGAUCACUCCGUUCCGUAGACUCAUCCUCUGCGCGGAGAACAGGAAAGAGAUGGAGGACUGGAUCAGCUCACUGAAGUCCGUCCAGUCCAGAGAGCAUUACGAGACGGCACAGUUUAAUGUGGAACAUUUCUCAGGGAUGCACAACUGGUACGCCUGCUCCCACGCACGGCCCACCUUCUGCAACGUCUGCAAAGACAGCCUGUCGGGGGUCACGUCCCACGGCCUCUCCUGCGAAGUGUGCAAAUUCAAAGCCCACAAACGCUGCGCAGUCAGGGCCACUAACAACUGCAAAUGGACGACUCUGGCCUCCAUAGGGAAGGAUAUCAUAGAGGAUGAGGAUGGGAUUGCGAUGCCUCACCAGUGGUUGGAAGGCAACCUGCCCGUCAGUGCCAAGUGUGCCGUGUGUGACAAGACAUGUGGCAGCGUGCUGAGGCUGCAGGACUGGCGCUGCCUCUGGUGCAAAGCCAUGGUGCACACAGCCUGUAUGGACCUGUACCCUCGCAAGUGUCCCCUGGGUCAGUGCAAAGUGUCCAUCAUCCCCCCCACAGCGCUCAACAGCAUCGACUCUGAUGGCUUCUGGAAGGCCACCUGCCCCCCCUCCUGUGCCAGCCCCCUCCUGGUCUUUGUCAACUCCAAAAGUGGAGACAACCAGGGGGUGAAGUUCCUGCGGCGCUUCAAGCAGCUCCUCAACCCGGCGCAGGUCUUUGACCUGGUCAACGGGGGGCCGCACCUCGGUCUGCGCCUGUUCCAGAAGUUUGAUAACUUCCGGAUCCUGGUGUGUGGAGGAGACGGGAGCGUGGGCUGGGUCCUCUCAGAGAUCGACAAACUCAAUCUGCACAAACAGUGCCAGCUGGGGGUGUUGCCGCUGGGCACGGGCAACGACCUGGCGCGGGUGCUGGGCUGGGGCCCCUCCUGCGACGACGACACGCAGCUGCCCACCACCCUGGAGAAGCUGGAGAGGGCCAGCACCAAAAUGCUGGACCGCUGGAGCAUCAUGACCUACGAGAUCAAGAUCCCGCCCAAACACAGCUGCCUCACCACGCCGGAGGGGCCCGACGACUGCCAGUUUCACAUUUCAGCCUACGAGGACUCAGUAGCUGCUCACCUCACGAAGAUCCUCAACUCGGAGCAGAACUCUGUGGUCAUCUCCUCCGCCAAGAUCCUGUGUGAAACAGUGAAGGAUUUUGUUGCCAAAGUGGGGAAAGCCUACGAGAAGACGACGGACAGCUCCGAGGAGUGCGACACCAUGUCUCUCAAAUGUGCCAUCCUGAACGAGAAGCUGGACUCCCUCCUGCAGACCCUGAACACCGAGAGCCAGGUACCCUCCGUCCCCCACGCCACUCCGCCCAUCGUGGAGGAGGAGCAGGAGGAGGAGGAGGAGGAGGAAGAGGAGGAGGCCAGCGAGGAGAGCCUGACGGAGCUGAAGGAGAAACUGGAGGAGGUGGAGACGGAGAAGGGGAGACGCUCUGCCCCCCAUCAGCUGUUUAAGAGCCGGGAGCAGAUGAUGCUGAGGGCCAACAGCCUGAAGAAGGCCGUGAGGCAGAUCAUCGAGCAGGCCGAGAAAGUGGUGGACGAGCAGAACGCCCACACCGAGGACACGGAGCUGCCGUCUCCUCUGGAGUUCAGGAAGUACAGCGAGGACGAGAACCGAGACAGCGAGAAGGACGAGGACACCAAGGAGCUGGAGGCCGUCACAUCCGCUAAGAGCCCCUGUUCCCCGGAGGACAGGAAGGUGAGUCGCAGCACUCAGUCGUACGGCUCCUUCACCAUCACCCCCUUCACCACCAGCAAGGAGAACCUCCCGGUGCUCAACACACGCAUCAUCUGUCCCGGUUUGCGGGCGGGUCUGGCUGCCUCCAUCGCCGGCAGCUCCAUCAUUAGCAAGAUGCUGCUAGCUAACAUCGACCCCUUCGGUGCGACGCCCUUCAUCGACCCCGACCUCGACUCGCUAGAGGGCUACAUGGAGAAGUGUGUGAUGAACAACUACUUCGGUAUCGGCCUGGACGCUAAGAUCUCUCUGGAGUUCAACAACAAGCGAGAGGAGCAUCCAGAGAAAUGCCGGAGUCGUACUAAGAACAUGAUGUGGUACGGCGUGUUGGGAACAAAGGAGCUUCUGCAGAGAACCUACAAGAACCUGGAGCAGAAGGUCCAGCUGGAGUGUGACGGCCAGUACAUCCCACUGCCCAGCCUGCAGGGCAUCGCAGUCUUAAACAUUCCCAGCUACGCAGGAGGGACCAACUUCUGGGGAGGCACCAAGGAGGACGACAUCUUCUGUGCCCCGUCGUUCGAUGAUAAGAUCCUGGAGGUGGUGGCGGUGUUUGGGAGCAUGCAGAUGGCCGUGUCCAGAGUCAUCAAGCUGCAGCACCACCGCAUAGCACAGUGUCGAACAGUGAAGAUCACGAUCCUGGGAGAUGAGGGCGUUCCCAUUCAGGUGGACGGGGAGGCCUGGAUCCAGCCGCCCGGGGUCAUCAAGAUCCAGCACAAGAACCGGGCCCAGAUGCUCACCAGAGACCGGGCGUUUGAGAACACGCUGAAGUCCUGGGAGGAUAAGCUGAAGUACGACAAGCCUCCUCUGAGACCUCACCUGUACCCGCAGCAGUCUGUGGACCUGGCCACGGAGGAGGAGGCCGCCCUGGUGCAGCUGUGUGCCCGCGCUGCAGAGGAGCUCAUCACGAGGAUAUGUGAGGCAGCGAAGACCGACGGGCUGUUAGAGCAGGAGCUGGCUCAUGCUGUUAAUGCCUCGUCUCACGCCAUCAACAAGACUCACCCCAAGUUCCCAGAGAAUCUGACCAGGAACACGGCGAUCGAGGUGGCGAGCACCGUGAAGGCUCUGUACAACGAGACCGAGUCUCUGCUGCUGGGACGAGUCUCUCUGCAGCUGGAGCAGCCGGAGGAGGACCAGCUGUCCACGGCUCUGCAGAGCGUGGAGCUUGAGCUGGGCAAACUGGGAGAGAUCCCCUGGCUCUACCACAUCCUGCAGCCCAACGACGAAGAGGUUGACUGUGCUUAUGUACCAGGACCACUCUCUGGGUUACGGCAAGAGGAACAGUCGCAGCAGCAUGUUCCGCAUCGUGCCCAAGUUCAAGAAGGAGAGGGCCGCCAAGAAGACCAGUCCGCAGUCAGUGGAGAGGUGGGGUCCAGAGGAGGUGGGGGUCUGGCUGGAGCAGCUGAGUCUCGGGGAGUACAGAGACACCUUCAUCCGACACGACAUCCGCGGCUCGGAGCUGCUGCACCUGGAGAGGAGGGACCUGAAGACAUUCAAACCAGACUUGGUCAAGAAAAGCUGCACAAGGUACAAGCGAUACAACAGGAUCUGGGGAUAUCGAAAGUGGGUCAUAUGAAGAGAAUUCUCCAGGGAACUAAGGAGCUCGCCAAGGCCUCCAUGGUUGACCUUUAACCCGGGAGCAGACGCUACCGGAGAGUGGAGGGGCGCAUUUUUCCCCUCACAGUGGAAGAGUUUGGCAGCACCGUGGGAGGAGCAGGAAGGUGUUCAACAGGAGCUGGAUGUAAUCCCUCUGCUGAGAAAGCCUCUGAAAUGUCGUCAUCCAGAAACCUUUUGGUGCCAAACUGAGACGGUGGGAUGGAAAUGGAUCGAUCUUCACAAAAAAAAAAGCCAUUUCUAAGUUAAUAACCAUUCAUAGCACACAAUCAGGUAUGCAAGUAUCCAUACUGACAGCUGAGUUGUACUUACAAAACAGUAGCAGAACCAGGACUUCCAUGAGCUUCAGUUUCAGGUGUGUGAGCGUGGUUUCAUGAGCACUGCUGCAGAGAGGAGGCGGUCCCGGUCUCGGGGCGGGGUCAGUGGGAGACGGCCGCAUGCUAUGCUUGCUCAACCUUAGAUAAUUGCAUGAUUAGUGUCUUGAUUAUUUUGUGUGCAGAAUAACACUUGAACAAGUUUUACACGACUUAAGUAUUACGAUGCCGUGUGUUACUACUGAAAGCAUCCUUAGUUCAACUCUUUCUUUACCUAGCUUUAAUUUAUUUCGUUUGCAUGAUGAUGAUGAUGAUGAUGUGUCAAAGACUCGUGCCAUACCUUCAGUCAUUUAGUGUGCAACGUGCUUUAUUGGUAGAGGUCAUUAUAGGUUUUUAAACAAGCUGUUGAGGUUUAAUUAUAUGGAGUUUAAUAUCUGUCAGGUGACACGUUCUUAGUGGAUAUCAGUACCAAGGUGAAUGUGGAAGAAGAAAACAUCUGAUCACUUUGUUUGUAGUUUUUAAUUCCAGUUAAGGUCAGAUUAAAAUGCUCGUUAGUCAGGAGGAAAUUAAAGCAUAAGCUGUAGGUUAUUUUUUUAAAGGAACACUUAUAAAAAGGCACUUUUUACGUCUUGCUUCGUGCAAGUGCAAACACUCAUAUCAUUUCAUAGCGUUAACGGUUCACCUCGACUUUUGAACUCAGUAUUUAACACUAAAGGUUUUAAAUAGAGCAGUUGAUCUGCAGCCUGCAUAGCGUCGUUCCAGCGCAGCUUUUUUGUUCUUCUUCUCUUUACAAGUUGUUAGAAAAACACUUAUUUGAGUUUCUCCUCAGACUGGUGGCAUUACAGGGUAUAUUUCUAUGUGAUGCUAUGUUUUGUAUAUACAUAUAUGCACUGUAUAUACAGUAUACCAGUGUAUGCAAACGAUGUUUGUAAGUGUUGUAGUCCAAUAAUGCAUUUGUAGAUUUUGCUGACAUGGCAUGCAUUGUCAGCAGCUGACACAUUGACUGUGUAUAUUACACCAUAACAGUUGUGUGUGUGGUUCUGAUCUCUUGUACAUGCUGUUGUAUUCUUAUGAUGGUGCAAUAUUUUAUCUCUUGUUUUGAUACUGUCUCUGCAGCUUUCCAACAUUUGCGAUAAAAAAAGAAGCCGUUUUGUACAUCCUCGAGGUUUGGGGGUUUAGAUUUUAAGAAGUUAAAGCCUGCAGACCGCUUUUUCUUACGGACUCCACAGCAAAGUAAAUCUUCUUCCAGCGGUUCACUCGUUUGUAGUUUUGCUCCUCUGUGCUUCCAGGAUGGUACACUGAAGUAGUGUCAGUGAGUGGGCGGACAUGACUGUUGUGUUCACUCGUGUACCAUAAUGCAUCUGUGUGUGUGUGUGUGUGUGUGUGUGUGUGUGUGUGUGUGUGUGUGUGUGUGUGUGUGUGUGUGUGUGUGUGUGUGUGUGUGUGUGUGUGUGUGUGUGUGUGUGUGUGUGUGUGUGUGUGUGUGUGUGUGUGUGUGUGUGUGUGUGUGUGUGUGUGUGUGUGUGUGUGUGUGUGUGUGUGUGUGUGUGUGUGUGUGUGUGUGGGCUACUACAGCAGUGGAUAACUUAUCAGCAAUUGUACAUGUACCAUUGCCAACCUCUUAUAUCAACUCUAGUUCCCUUUGGAGAAUAAUUAGUUGCCUUUAUGUCCUCUAAGAGUUAUAUAUGUCUGCUGUUAAGAAGUACCUACUUUUUUAACUUAAUAUCGAGUGCCACAUGUUCACCGUUCAUUUAAGUAUCCUUAAAAUAAUAGAAAUGAGUGAAACUACCAGAAUAUCCCACCAGAGGGCGCGAGACCCUGAGUCUAAACAGAAGCGAUAACUGUUUUCUCAUGCCGACAAUCAAUUCAAUCAGGCUAUCUGUUUUAUGUUCUGCAGUAUUGCUCAUUGGCAUGCAGGAGUUAAUACCCCUAUCAGUUAAAUUGCAAUUUAAUAGAAUAUUUUUGAUGCAAAUCUAACCUAAAAGAAGAUGUGUUUUGCAAAUUAUAGACAGAAAUAGACAGAUUAACACAUAUUCUUCAUUGCCCCACAGCCUGACUGAAGACCAUGUGUGGAUUAACUCUGCCUUUAAUUCAUGAGUAUAUCAACAUCAUUGAUGACCUGUAUGACAGACGGCCUUCUGCUCUUAUUUCAGUUUCUGUCAGUAUGUGCUUUAUAUAGGGAGCAGUAAAGUAGAGCUGCUGAACGCUGCCUUCUUCUGGCCUCAAAUCCACAUUUAAUCUGACUCCCCUCCCGCUGUCGCAGCUCCUCACCUCUGUCUGCGUUCUCUCCAGAGUGUCUGCUGGGUUUCUCUAAUCUCAAGUGUUUUGGCCCCCAGACUUGAAGUAGCCCCCCCUCUUCUCUCUGUCCCUCGCUGUGUUUUCCAGUGUAAAUAAUGCUGCAAACUGCCUGGUUUUUUUUUAACCGAAAAACCAAACGAAACCCAUGCAAGGAUCUCUAAAAAAAACAAAACACGGGAUGAUAGUUUUUGACGUGGUUCCUUACAAAGCGACGGGAGAAAAGUGAGUUUCAUUUGUUUACAUUAUGUUUACAAUGGCACAGUUUUAAUUUGUAAGAAUAUGUAUGUAGGUAUAAACAAUAUUUGCAUAUUUAUUGCCUAAGGUUUAACUGACAUGAUGUGUAUUGUGUUUUCACAUUUGGAAUAUAAUGUUACAGUCGUCACCUGUGUUACUCUCUGGAUGAUUCUUUGGUAAAGUAGUUGAUCAUUUCUAUGACUACUAAGUGACUGUUUUCUGUGCCUUUUUAUGGUUAGAAUGCAUGGUUAACUAUUUAUUACGAUUUGGAGUCACUGAGAUGUGUAUUUUUGUAUUCUGAAUAAAUAAAUGGUUGAGCUUUUGUUGUACAUUUGUAAGGUGCCUUAAAACAGGCUACCUAUUCAUAUCUCUCUUCUUCAAUAAAACCAAAUACAUAUGCA